UGUAUUCCUGCUGGCACACCCCCUCUCCCUCCCUCCUCCUCCUCUUCUUCUUCUCCCUCUCUUCCCCUGUUUUCCCCCCUCAUUUUCCCAGUCCCCUGUUUCUCUCUCUUCAUUUCUUAAACCCUAAAAAAACCCCUCUAUUCGUUCUAUGAUAUCAACACCAUAGACACCCAACCAUAGAAUUAAAAAAAAUUAAAAAAUGACACCCACAAAUUCAAUAACACGGUGGUUAUUCAUUGCCAUCGCCGUCAUAUCAACAUUCGCCACCGUCUCCUCUUUACAAUUGAAUUCGAUAUACGAUGUUUUGGAUUCGAAAGGGUUACCCAAGGGAUUAUUCCCCAAAGGGGUGACGAAUUUUACAGUCGGAGAAGACGGGAGGUUUGAAGUUUAUUUAGAUCAAGCUUGUGAUGCGAAGUUUGAGAGUGAAUUACACUACGAAAAGAAUGUUGCAGGGUGGAUUAGUUUCGGGCAGAUCGGGAAUUUGACCGGUAUGUCUGCUCAGGAUCUAUUUCUAUGGUUUCCGGUCAAAGGGAUCCGAGUUGAUGUUCCGAGUUCCGGUGUUAUUUAUUUCGAUGUCGGUGUUGUUCGUAAGCAGUUUUCUCUCUCCUUGUUUGAAACGCCGAGAGAGUGUGUCGCCGCCUCGCAUCCCGCUGAUAUAUUCUCCAAAAAAUUGAGUGGAGUUCUACGGUACGGUUUGGAUUGGUGGAAGAGUGGAGGAAUGGUUGUGUAGAGUUCUUUUGGAGGAAAUAAUUGAAUCAGUUUUUAUUCAUCAUCUUAUCAUCAUCAUCAUCAUCAGUCCAUUGUACAUUGUGUUGUUAGAGGUUUUCUGGGUUUUCCAUGAUCCAGUAACCUUUUGCUUGCAGUUUUUCUGUAUAGGCACGCAGCAGUCGGUUGGCGAAAAACUAGUUUUCUUCUUCUUGCUAUUAUUCUUGUCUAAAAAGCAAUUUUGGCCGUCUUUGAGUUUGGAUUAUUGAGUAAAUAUUUGGGAAAUUGAAUGAAGUUCUUCGUAUGGAGCAUGGAGGAGGAAGAGGAGAAACCGCGAAAAUCAAAAUCGCAACAUUUAUUAUAUACAACAAGGAGAUCGAUCAAAGCAAUGUGGAUAACAAUCCUGUCAUGCCAAAAGAAUUUGCUCUCUGUAUGUCUACAAUUCUUAGCUCAUUGAGCAGUUUGUCUCCUCAUGUAGUGUCAAUAGUAGUCGUCGUUGAGAAAAUAAAACAAUUUAUACAUGAUCCUUUAUAGUUAUAAUCAUCAUAAUAAUGAACCAAAUGAAUAAGUAUUAUUUCAAUUUAUUACAUUUCAAUUA